AUGACUGUAAUCAAACAGGACCAGGACAGAGGGAGGACAAGUGUGUUUCUGAAUUGUCCUUAUGCUGAAGGAUAUGAAAACUCCGACAAAUACUUCUAUAAAGGACUUUUAAGAGAUAAUAAUCUUAUACUAAAAUCUGACGGAGGAGCAUCAUCAGUGUCUGAAGGCAGAUUCUCUCUGCGGGACGAUCAUCAGAAGAGAUUAUUUACGCUGACCAUCAGAAACCUGAGUCUGACAGAUGCUGGAGAGUACACCUGUGGAGCUGGACGGUGGGGAGAUUAUAAACUAAUCAAGCUGAAUGUGAUCAGAGCUCCACAGAAAACAAGACCUGUCCAGAUCUCAACCAGCACCCUUCACUCGUACACACACAUCAGCACUGACCACAGCAGCACAGCUCCACAGAAAACAAGACCUGUCCAGAUCUCAACCAGCACCCUUCACUCGUACACACACACCAGCACUGACCACAGCAGCACAGCUACACAGAAAACAAGACCUGUCCAGAUCUCAACCAGCACCCUUCACUCGUACACACACACCAGCACUGACCACAGCAGCACAGUGACACCUCAAACAGAAAGAGAGACAACAAGAUUAAUGACAGGAAGUACUGCAGUUCAACUCAAUCAGCCAAAAGUCAAAACUGCUCCGGGUCUGUCUUCUGUCGCUGGCGGUCUGGGUUCGGUUCUGCUGGUUCUGGUUCUGUGUUCUGGAAUGUUCCUCAUCCUGAAAAAGAGGAAGAGGAAAUCUGGGACAGCUUUAUUUCUGCAGAAUGUGCAGCACAAUACGGAGGCUGAGUUUAUGUAUGAGGAGAUUCCAAACAGUGAUGUCAUCGCCACAGCAUCUCCAUCCAAUCAGACGCCUGCAUCACACCUCAACUCCCGCCCACAAGACUCUGCUGUUUAUGCUACAGUAACCAAACAGCAACCUGAUUCAAACCCCCAUCAAGCCCAAUCGACCAAUCAGGUGACGGAUACAGACUGUGAUUAUUAUGCCAAUAUGAAGCCGCCUGAACCAACAACAGACAACAGAAUCGAACUGAUCUACUCAACAGUGACACGUCCACAAAACAUCGAGACUAACGACAGCCUAAUAUAUUCAGUGAUCAAACAUAAAUAAUAAAAGACUCCCAAAACUUCUGACAUGUGCACUGAUGUGCAAAGUGAAAAAAAAAAAAAAAAAUGGUGGUACAAGCAACAUAUCUUUAAUGAAUUAAUAUCUUGCCAGUUUUCUGAGUUUUUAUUAGUAUUUUAUAAACUGUAUAAUGUUACUAACAAAAAAAGUUACUUAAAAUAAAAUAUGAUGCAAACUUGUGAAAAUAAUAAAAAACAAAUUAUGUGAAAA